AAUUUAAAUGAGAUAAAAUGAGUAUUUCCCACUGAUUAAUUUUCAACGGACUUUUUCCUGUUGCUUGUCUAAAAUGUUAAAUAUGCUUAAAAAUUGGCGAAACCAUAGUCGCCUACUCUUUAAUCAGUUUUUAUUUGCUCGAGGGCUAAAAAGAUUAGUGAAAUAUGACUAGUGAAGUGAUUAGUGACACACAUUUCUUGCGUUCCUCUGCAUAAAUAGAUCAACAAAACAUGGUUUGGCUGUCAUUUUACUUCAGUGUUUUCUUCUGUCAAACUCAUCAUGCUCGUUGUAACCAGAAUUGGAGGUGGACUCAAACGAGUCAAUCAUGCUGCUGUCGCUGUUGACGAACUCAUCUACUCUUUCGGUGGAUUCGCUUUUACCGAGGACAAUAUCUCUAUGCGACCUAUCGAUGUGCAUACACUCAACAUGAACACAUUAAGAUGGGAACAGAUCAGCUACUCUGAUGGAGGUAAGUUGUUUGAUUAUUUUGCAUACCAUUUUAUUAACUUUAAUAUUAACUUGAUGUUUACUUUUUUGCUUUUUACAGGAGAUCCUACAAAUGUUCCGUUUAUAAGAUAUGGUCAUUCUGUUGUUGCACAAGACGACAUUAUUUAUCUGUGGGGUGGUCGAAGGGAUAGAGUGCAGUGUAAUAAGAUGUUCACGUUUGAUACAAACACGCGACAGUGGUCAGCACCUAAAGUUAAAGGAACAAUUCCUAGAGCUCGAGGUGGUCACGCUGCUUGCAUUUGUGCAGGACAUAUGUAUAUCCUAGGAGGUUAUGAGGAAGCCACCAAAAAAUAUUGUGACACGGUUUUCCGUUUUGAACUGAAAACUUUUACAUGGCAAGCCGUAUAUCAACUGACUUCUGGAUUGCUCAAAAAAGUUUACAUGUCAUGUGUGGCAAUUGACAAUAAAAUCUACCUUUUUGGUGGCCGCUCAUACUCGUGCCCGUUUCGUGACAGUGAUAUUAUGGAACUAGACACCGAGAAGAUGACCUUAUCUACACCAAAAGUUUCAGGAUACAAGCCGUGUUGUAGAAGGAGCCAUUCAGCUGUAGUAAUUGACAACAAAAUGGUGGUCUUUGGUGGUUACAAUGACAUUACCGAUGAAUAUCACAACGACUUUAAUGUCUUUGAUCCUAAAACCUAUUCAUGGACCCCUUUAAAUACUAUCGGACAGGAGCCUCCCCGUGCUCGACGGGGAAAUUGUUGUGUUGCUGUAAACUCGUUUCUCUACCUUUUCGGAGGAAGUAGCCCAGAGCCAAAAACCAGAGAAGACCAAGCAGCUUCGUUAAUGGAGCUGGAUGAUCUAUUCGUUAUUGAUACGAACAGAAGCUUGCGCUCUAUGUCAUUACAAGUUGUAUUAAAAAAUGAUUUAGACACUAGAAGACUUCCUCCUACUCUAAGACGAGAGGUUGAAAGCUAUCGUACUGAUAACAAACUCCAAUGUACCCAGCUCAAUGCUCAAUAAACGUAUAAUAAUAAUUAUAAAUAAUAACACGCAACUGAUAGUUGUUGUAACACAUUCAAUAUUUCGUUCAAUUUUGUGAGACAAUUGGCCAUAGUUUUAGGUUAUUAUUGUAUGGUUGAUAAUCAGAGUUACUUUUAAAUCAAUCAAUUAUUAAUUUCGUAUUUUGAGUACGGAUGAGAGCUUGAAGUCAAUGGUAACAAAAAAAUUUAAUUGAUUUAAUAAUGCAACAAGCUCGAAUUUUCGUUUAGAUGAGAAACAAUAAUUUCAUCGUAAUAUA